AUGGAAUUAAAGGAGGCAGUCGUGGACGUGGCCGAGGCAGAGGUGGCCGCUGGAGUUGUGGAAGAGGUAGUAACUUCCCUGGCAAAUGCUUUGGGUGUGGACAUGGAAGUUGACACUGUUGAACCUCAUGAACAACACAGAUCAGCAGUCGUCCCGAUUGAGGGGGAGAGAAGAGAGAUUCAAGGCAUCGGAACUCCUGCUAUUUUGCGGCAACAUACACCCCAGAAUGUCGAACACCGGUCAAGUUCUAAUGCACUGAUGCCACGUGAGAGGACAUCUCAAAUCACUGCAAGUUCGGCUACUCCUUGUGGUACGCCAACUUCAAGUGUUCAUCGAAUCCAACACGCUGCGCACGGAGAAACAGCGUUGGUUCCACAAAAUAUGCGUUAA